AUGACACGAACGAGCGCAAGAAUCAACGGCAGCCACGCCGUGAAUGGCUUCCACACCGACAACGAUACAAUACACCGGCAUCAGGAUGCCAAAGCUGGGGAUCCUCUUGACCUUACCGUUCUCGGCAUGAACAGCGGGACUUGUAUGGAUGGCAUUGACUGUGCACUCGUCAGGUACAGACAGGAGUCUCCGGAUGCUGCACUGCACAUGGAGCUAUUGCAUUACGACGAGAUACCCGUGCCUGAUUGGAUCAAAGGACCUGUACUGAAGAUGCUUCGUGAGACCAAUACAACGCCAUCCCAGAUGUCACAGAUCAACGUGCAGCUAGGCGUCAUGUUCGCCGAAGCUGUGAACAGUUUCUGUGACAAGUUUGGCGUGAAUAAAGACGACAUUGACCUAAUCGGCUCGCACGGUCAAACAAUUUGGCUCCUGUCCAUGCCUAGAGCUAAGGAGACAAGAUCUGCACUGUGCUUGGGCGAAGGCGCAGUCAUAUCUUCAGCCACUGGAAUCACAACCGUGACCGACUUUAGAAUGGCAGAGCAGGCUGUAGGCCGUCAGGGAGCACCACUGGUGGCCCUGAUCGACGGUCUGCUGCUUCAUCACCCCACCAAGUGGCGCAUCUGCCAAAACAUCGGAGGAAUUGCCAACCUUUGCAUUAUUCCCCCUGACUCCGAAGGAGGAGUCGACGCGAUGGUUGACUGGGACUGUGGACCUGGCAACAUGUUCAUCGACAACGCUAUGCGCUUCUUCACCAACGGCAAGUUAGAGUACGACCGGGAUGGAGAAUGGGGUGCACAGGGAAAUGUCGAUGAGUCAGUCGUAGACUGUUUCCUCAACAACAACUGGUAUGUCAACCACGCACCGCCCAAGACGACCGGCCGCGAGACCUUCGGCGACAACGAAGGCCAGAUGCUGGUGGCGCAGUGCAUGAACAAGGGGCUGUCGAAGUACGACACCAUCGCCACACUGACGCGGAUCACCGCCAAGAACAUCGUCAGGCAGUAUAAGACCUUCUUCCGCGACUGGGAGAAGAUUGAUGAGAUCUUCAUGUGUGGAGGCGGAGCUCGGAAUCCUAACAUCGUACGCUAUCUGCAAGACCAGCUGCCUCGGGUCAAGAUCCGGGCGCUCGAUGAGACAGGAGUGCCCAGCGAUGCAAAGGAGGCCAUCAGUUUCGCUCAGCAGGCGAUGGAGGCCGUCCUCGGAAGAGCAGCGUUGGUACCCAUCAACAGCGACAGCCUGACCCCAAACACAAUCAGUGGCAAGAUCGCACCAGGACAACAAUGGCGCAAGCUUAUGAAGAUGUGCUGCGAGUUUGGUGGGGGACGACCUCUGCCUACCGUCAAAGAUAUGGUGGUGGAUAACUCAUAUACCAAGUGGAUGGCAAUGCCAAAUGUGUACACAACAAAGAGCUGA